AUGUGCCUAACAAUGUCUAUUCCGCAGGGCCUCGAAUUAAAGGGACAGAUGGUUUUUUGCCCCGAGUCGGAUUCCUUACUUUUCGUCGGAUCACCCUUUCUCGAUGGACUCGAAGGUCUCACUGGCAGGGGUUUAUUUAUAUCCGACAUUCCAUUACAUGACGCCACAAGGGACGUGAUCUUAGUCAGCGAACAGACUAGGGCGCAGGACGGACUUCGUAAAAGAAUGGAUAAAUUGAAGAACUCAAUAGUAGAACUAAGCAAAUCCGUUGCGAAGGAGAGAGAAAAGAACGUCAGUCUUCUACAUCUUAUAUUUCCACCACACAUCGCCAAGAGACUUUGGCUUGGUGAGGCGAUAGAGGCAAAAAGUCAUGAUGAUGUCACAAUGCUGUUCAGUGACAUUGUCGGCUUCACCUCAAUAUGCGCUACAGCCACGCCCAUGAUGGUAAUAGAUAUGCUCGAGGACUUAUACAGCGUGUUUGAUAUAUUCUGCGAAGUUCUGGAUGUUUAUAAGGUGGAGACUAUUGGCGAUGCAUAUUGUGUUGCUAGCGGUUUACAUCGGAAAAUAGACACUCAUGCGCCGCAAAUUGCUUGGAUGGCGUUACGUAUGGUGGAAACUUGCGCACAGCACUUUACACACGAGGGAAAUCCUAUUAAGAUGCGCAUAGGCCUCCACACAGGCACAGUACUCGCUGGUGUAGUGGGUAAAACCAUGCUGAAGUACUGUCUCUUCGGGCACAACGUCACGUUAGCAAACAAAUUCGAGUCUGGCUCCGAACCGUUGAUGAUAAAUGUCAGCCCUACUACUUACGAGUGGCUAAUCAAGUUCCCGGGUUUCGAGAUGGAACCGCGAGACAGGUCGUGUCUCCCGAAUUCCUUCCCAAAGGACAUUCCCGGCACUUGUCACUUUCUACACAAGUACACGCACCCGGGGACAGAUCCAGACGCGAGCCAGGUAAAACAUAUUGAGGAUGCCCUUAGAGACUUUGGUAUAGGACAGACCAAGCCAGCAGACGUAGAGAGCGAAGAUCCAACAUAA